CCACGCACAGUUAUUGUCAUGGAGGCACUUUUGCUAUGCGCGCUGCCCAGCAUCACGUCCGCGUGGACGUUUCGCGAGUUCAUGCAUGGCGACUGGGACCUCGAAGGCGCGCGUGGCGGCGUGCCGCUCCUCGCGCGGUACAGCCUCGACCUGGCCGACGGUGGCGGCCUCGCCGGAAAGUACACUGAGGCCUCCCGAGAUGAUCCGUCGACGACGCUGCGCGAGAUGGUUGUUCGCGUCGACUUUGACGCCGGCGCCGGCCAUCAAGGCUCCUUCCGCAUGGGGAAGAGCGGCGCCGACCCGGCCGAAACAGAGCCAGUCUUCGACUUUGACUUUGAGGAGCGGAACGGCGGGGCGGCGUGGCUGUCCGAGUCGACCUGGCUGGGCAAGUCGGGCGGCACAAUACAGUUCUCCGUUGUCGGAAAUGACGCCUUCGUUCUGACGCACGCCACGGUCGACGCUGAGGGUCGCCCGAAGCUCGUGCAUUGGGCGGCGAAGCGCUCGGAGCGGGCGGCGGCAACGGGCAACGCGUCCAAACCCAAGCGGAGCUUGCUGCAGCGGUGGGGCUGGUACCUGGGCGCCGCUAUCUUGGUGUGCGCCUAUCGCGUCUCCAAGGAUGCGCCCAAGGCCAAGCCGGCGUGAGGAGUGACGAGACCACGACGGCGUCCACGCGGCAUCGAGCCGCCAUUUUGAUCGUAGCCCGCAUAGAGGGCAACAAACAAUCUCUCUCUCUCUAGGGCGGACUGCCGCGCAGGAGCGAGGCUGCUCCGGGCCCGGGCGGUCCACGCGUCACGCCUUGGGUAAAAAAAAGAAAGGAACCCUGCAU